GCGAGGCGUGGCAUCCCGCCCCUAGCUGCAUUGUACAUCCGGGCUCACUUUUCUGCAUCCGGGGUAUGAGAACUCACAGCCAGGCUGACCGGAUCCGGAAGUGGAUUGCGAGCCAGGAGGAGGAAGCCGGCGGUGGCCCCGUCAGCAGCCGGCUGCUGAGAGGCCGGUAGGCGGCGGCGGUCCCGAGGGGCGGCGGCCGCGCUGCUCCCUGAGAACGGGUCCCGCGGCUGGGCAGGCGGGCGGCCUGAGGGCGCGGAGCCAUGAAGCUGUACAGCCUCAGCGUGCUCUACAAAGGCGAGGCCAAGGUGGUGCUGCUUAAAGCCGCAUACGAUGUGUCUUCCUUCAGCUUUUUCCAGAGAUCCAGCGUUCAGGAAUUCAUGACCUUCACGAGUCAACUGAUUGUGGAGCGCUCAUCGAAAGGCACUAGAGCUUCUGUCAAAGAACAAGACUAUCUGUGCCAUGUCUACGUCCGGAAUGAUAGUCUUGCAGGUGUGGUCAUUGCUGACAAUGAAUACCCAUCCCGGGUGGCCUUUACCUUGCUGGAGAAGGUACUAGAUGAAUUCUCCAAGCAAGUCGACAGGAUAGACUGGCCAGUAGGAUCCCCUGCUACAAUCCAUUACCCAGCCCUGGAUGGUCACCUCAGUAGAUACCAGAACCCACGAGAAGCUGAUCCCAUGACUAAAGUGCAGGCCGAACUAGAUGAGACCAAAAUCAUUCUGCACAACACCAUGGAGUCUCUGUUAGAGCGAGGUGAGAAGCUAGAUGACUUGGUGUCCAAAUCCGAGGUGCUGGGAACGCAGUCUAAAGCCUUCUAUAAAACUGCCCGGAAACAAAACUCAUGCUGUGCCAUCAUGUGAUGCAGCCUGCCAGAGGCCCAAUGCUGGAAUGGCACCAUCAUUCACAUCAGAACUGCAGCCCCUGGAAAAGAAGAGACAGCCAUAGACGAGCCAGAGUGGGGGCAGACUGGCCAUUUUUAUUUUGAAGUUCCUGGGAGAAAUGGAUGGUGGAAGGGUGGCGAAUGUUCAAAUUCAUAUGUGUGGUAGUGAUUCUUGGAAAGAAUUUGAGGUCCCCAAAGGUGUAUUUUUGGGCAAAUGAAACCAUAAACUCCGACUGGCUUCUGUAGAUGCCAAAGGGCUCUUUUUCAGCUAACCCUGGGAAGGCUCUGUGGGAGGGAGGUCGGAGCCAGCUGUUUCUCGAUCUUUGGUAUAUCUUUGGAUUUUAUUUGUACAUUAAUGAUAUUAACACUCCAGUGGGGGGUGGGGAGUCCCUGAUGCUAGGGCUGGGGUGGGUGGAGUUUGAAGACUCUUGGGAAAGCCUCUCCUGGGGCCACUGUUGGGGGUGGGAGUGAGCCCACCACAGAGGCCACAGGCAGGUCCCCACUUCAGGCCCAAGGCCUGGGGCGGGGGGAACAGUCACUGGGUCUCAGAUUCUGAGACUGUUGUUUAGCUUACCUUUCUGCUAGGAUUGGCUUCCCGCAGAGGGCAGGGCCCAUCCUAAGCAGCUUCCAAGUCCCACAAAGGUGGCUUGUGGGAGGAUUUGGAAGGAGCUGCAUUGUGGGCGGGGAGUGUGUGGGUUGAGUUCGUACCAGCAAGUAGACUAGGAACUGAGCCCAGGAAAGGGGGAUGUUUUCCUGGUGUUUGGAUGGUCAGCUGGGAGUGUCCAUCAUCAGGGGAAGAUCAAACACAGGUGCACUCAGCUGCCCAGGGCCUCUGGGACACUUGCCUUGACUUGCAACUUGCCUUGAACAUCACGAUCAAAGCAGCAGGUGCUGUGGUCUCUCAAAACUGAUUUUUAUUUGCCUCUCUGGCUGCAAGACUGCCUUGAACCGCCUGAGGCCUAUGCAUCUGAACAAGUGGGUCUCUCCCUUGAGCACCAGGAGUGGGUGCCAGCCGGCCCCGAGGAUUCCCAGCACCCCACCUAUGGUCUUGCCAGCAUAGGCUUGCUAGUUCCUUCUUGGUCAGAGGUAGCUGCAGAGGGGGGAGGCCAAGGGUUUGGUCUAAGCUGUGCCCUGCCACCUGGCAGGAGGCCCACUCACUGCCCAAGUCAUGGCAACAGGCUGGAGCAGCCCAGGAGAUGGCCCUAAAAUGUUCUGGAUCCCUUGGGUCCUAGUGUUAUGUUCCAGUCUGCCCACCUGUGCUCAGGAUGCAUCCCUGGGAUCCAGCACCCAUGGAAGCUUCUGCUGGGAUGGUGUCAUCUAUGGGUUUUGAACCAGUGUGGUAUGGUCCUUGGGAGCCCUGCUCUGAGCUUGCCACACUGCUGAGAGCACCCACUGUCCUGACCAGAGUCUCAGUGGUCCUGACCCCCAAUGUGGGCAGGGGCUGGGCAGGAGGGUGGGGUCUGCUGUGGGUUCAGAGGACCCCACCUCCUGGCUGGUUUACCUGCUGCUGCCCAUUUUCUCUGGGUACUGCUGGCCAGAGGACUUUAGCCUACCCCUGAAGAGCCUGUCCAUGUCAUUUUCCUACUGCCAUAGACACCCUAAGCCCAGGGCCCCUUGAGGCCCAGACUCAGCCUGCCCACUGGUGCCGGAGACGGAGUGGAGUGGGCCUGGAUCCGAGGGAUGCUACCUCUCCCUUUCCCACUUGAGGACCCUGGGGAGAGAUGGGGGCGGGGAAAAUGGAGGUAUGAAUUUGGGGUAAGAGGAAGUGAGAUCUCCGCUUGCAGGUCAGCCCCUGCCUUGCAGGGCGGGCUGGCUUGACUCAGGCCCUGUGAGAUAGAGGGCCCAGCCCGGCCCCGCCCACAGAUCCCCUGCUCCUGUUGUGUUCUGUUGUAAAUCAUUUGGCAAGACUGUAUUUUAGUAACUGCUGCCUAACUUCCCUGUGUUCUAUUUGAGAGGCGCCUGUCUGGAUAAAGUUGUCUUGAAAUUUCA